AUGUCUUUCUUUUCAAAUCUAUCUAUCUAUCUAUCUAUCUAUCUAUCUCUGUUUAUAUCUAUCUAUAUAUAUCUAUCUAUCAUAAUGUCUUUCUAUUCAAAUCUAUCUAUCUAUCUAUCUAUCUAUCUAUCUAUCUAUCUAUCUCUGUUUAUAUCUAUCUAUCUAUCUAUCAUAAUAUCUUUCUUUUCAAAUCUAUCUAUCUAUCUAUCUAUCUAUCUAUCUAUCUAUCUAUCUAUUCUUUUUUUCAAAUUCUAUGUAUGUACCUAUCUGUCUGUCACAGUCUAUCCAUAUCUAUCUAUCUAUCUAUCUCAGUAUGUUCAUAUCUAUCUAUCUUCAUAUCUCAGUCUGUUCAUAUCUAUCUAUCUAUCUAUCUAUCUAUCUAUCUAUCUCAGUAUGUUCAUAUCUAUCUAUCUAUCUAUCUAUCUAUCCCAGUAUGUUCAUAUCUAUCUAUCUCAGUAUGUUCAUAUCUAUCUAUCUAUCUCAGUUCAUAUCUAUCUAUAUGUUUAUAUCUGUCAAACAAUUCCGUGA